AUGGCCAAGAGGCACAAGACUUCGUCAAAUGCAUCUUCCAAGUCGGAGCUGCACAAACUCAAGCUGCAAACGUGGGAAGAACUCCUUCAAAGCCAAAGAACAAGUGUUGACCUGUCUCAGCAUGUUGAUUUGCAUCGUGGUUUGCAGAACUUCGACAAGCUCAAAGACGCCUGCGACCUUAUGCAUCUCAGCAGCAUCCACGGUGAACUCCAUCCUACAGCGCAGUGUCCAUGGACCCAAAGGCCAGCCUUUCAUUUCGUGCUGUAUGGCUGCGGCGAUUUCCGUGUGCUCAUAAGCCUUGCAAGAGCUCACCAUUACACUCUUCUUUUCGAGACUACCCAAGGUGGCUUCAUCUCCAUUAAUGAGCCGCCACAACAGUCGGGGCAGAUGGUGCCCCCGCGGCCAAGGGAACGAGAUAUAUGCGAAGCCUUCGGAAGUCGUUGCUUGGAUGGGCGCCGGCUCAAGGCUAUGACUGAUAAUGGCAAGAAGACAGCUUUCAAAGACUUGGUUGCGGAGUUUCUAAGGCAACGGGCUGCUCUUAGCCACCGUGGUGGAGUUCACAAAGAUGCCAGCCACACCUUGCAGCAGGUUGCUCAGCACUUGGUUCGCUUCGAUGGCGCAAGCCUGCGAUGGGAACUGGUCAAUGACAAGGAUGAGUUGCUCUGGCGGAAGUUUCUCUGGGAAAGAGUGCUUCAGCCUCAGACAGCCAGACUUUACAGCCAUCUACGAACGGACCGUUUGAAGGAAUGUGUGCUACACGUGCGCAUCAGUGAGUCCAUGCAGCGAUUCGACGCUGCACAGUCACAGGCUGAAGCCUUCCAGUCGUGGAAAAGCUGCUGCGAGAGCAUCCAGCAAUGUCGCCACUGCGCCAGACAGUUCGAAGGCAUCUUGCAGGCCGCUAGUUACUCUGCGGCCCAGAAGCAGCUUCAGUACCAUUUGUGGUCGGGUCAAUGGUGGCUGAAUCCGGAUGAGAUCUUCUUCACACAUGCCAGGAUCAGACGCACAUUCAGGAACCACUGCGGGCUAGACGACUCGGUGAGGAAGCUAAAGCAGAAUCCUGAAUGCCGCCACCGCUACCCGAGACUACAGGUUUUGCGCUAUCAUAACAGGUACCACACAGUCAACAAUCGUCGUUUGUAUUGCUUCCGGUCCCUUCAGGAGCAUUUUCCUGAUGAGCGCUUAAAUAUACGAGUGGACGUUCGAGCAAUUGCCGGAGAAGGCAAUGUUUUUAAACAAGGUCGGAGCUUCCUCCUGAAGUUUUUCGAUGCUUUUGACUCCACGAACGAUGGUGAAUCGGUGGACUUCUUCUAG